AUGGCAGCCCUCCUACAAGCUGAUGUGGGGGUCGCGGCCCUCUGCCGCCAAGUGCGUGCUAAAUGUCAGCGCCCUGCUCCUCGUUCCAAUGACACGGAACCCGAGCGGUUGCCCGAGGAAGUGGAGGAGGGGAACGUCGAGUACAAGCAGCAGCUGCUGGAACUAACGCCCGACCGCCUGCGUCAACUCACGACGCAGAUGAACUGGCGCCUGAACGAAGGCGGUGGCACCGCUUUCUAUGAGCUUGGCGUACGGGAUGAUGGACUGGUGCUUGGUCUGUCCGAGACUGCUGUGCUGCGGUCUCUGAAAGCUUUAGCCCGAAUGUGCCAUGUAGUGCGUGCUAAAAUGUCGUUGUCGAGGUUCCGAGAUGGUCAAGAAGCUGGUUUGAUAGCCGUGCGGAUCCAGAUCACAAGAGUUCUCGAACACAACGCGACGAAACGGCUACGUAUACCAGUGAUUGGGGAUUUCGAGAGCGGCAAGUCGACACUGGUAGGAGUGCUGCUGAGCGGCUGUCUAGAUGACGGCGCUGGACUGGCUCGAAUGCAGGUGUGUCGCCAUCGCCAUGAGCUGGAGAACGGUUGCACAUCCAGUGUGAGUGAACACACAAUUGCUGUGGCUGUAGACGGAACCUUUCGCUGCAUGGACAAGUUUGAUACGUGCGAUUUUGGGGACAACGAUAAAGAGGAGGUGGAAAGCCAAGCAACCAGGAGGCAUGAUACGUUAAUUACGCUCAGUGAUCUAGCAGGACACAAGAAAUACCUCAAGAGCACAGCUUCAGGUCUGGCCAGCCAUUUUUUCGACUACGCGAUGCUGGUAAUUGAUGCUGCGCGAGGUGUUCAAGAUAUGACGCGCGAGCAUGUCAAGAUUGCUGCUGCUUUGAACGUCGCAAUUUUUGUAGUAGUAACGAAGACGGACCAAGUGAUAGGCGAACGGAUACAACAAGUGCUGGUUGAAGUUGUUCAAUUGCUGAAGGCCAUUUGUCCGUCUCAGCGAGUGGUGGUGGCACCAAGAAGCACGAGCAGUUUUCCGGAUGUCAGGACGGAUUUGCUGAAGCUUGCCUCGGCGUCGAUUGUGCCGGUGUUCCAGGUUUCUAACAUGAGUGGUAGUGGUCUGGACGUUUUGCAAGCUUACUUAUCCGUGCUUGAGCCCAAGCACGUGUGGUCAGCUAAGACGCCUGCCGAGUUCCAAGUUAGCCAAGCGUACGAUAUCGAAGAUUUGGGUACAGUUGUGACUGGACUCGUACGGGCUGGAACGUUUUGUGUGGGGGAGCGCAUGUUGCUUGGACCCGACACAGAUGGACAGUUCUGCGAUGUAGCAGUUGGAAGCAUUGAAGUGCGGCACAAGGCUGCGCAAAGUCUAAGUGCUGGUGACACGGGUGCUGUGCUCAUACGCUUCCUCUCUGCCGCACAGCCGGCUCACUGCAUCCGAAAAGGUACCAUACUCGUGCACCCGAGCGUUCGGCCAUUAGCCACGCGCCAAUUUGAUGCAGAAGUACAUUUUCUGCCGGACGCACGUACGUUUCGAGAGAAUUUUCAAGCGGUCAUUCACACAGGCCACGUACGUCAGAUGGCAAAGAUUAUUCGGUUGGGAAUAUCGAAAAGCGCUGUACGGGACGUCUCGAUGACGCCGCCGCCAUUGGUACCCGUACCUGUGUCGACGAUAUGUCGCUUCGAGUUCAUGUACCGGCCGGAGUACAUUCAUCCAGAUUUGCCGUUGGUGUUACGCGAGGGCAGCGCGCAGGCAGUGGGUCGUGUCGUGCGGGCUUUGCCUUACUACAGCGUUAGUGCCCUACACAUCUGA